AAGUUUUCGAAAGGCAGGACUUCCGGUGGUAAAACACCGGAAAAGCUGCAUUCAGUUUGAUUUCUUUAGGCUUUUCAUUUAGCUAACAUUUUCAUGUUUUUUAUUUUUAGCGUGCAGAAUUGAAUAGAUCAAUACACUGCAAAAAUGAUGUCUUUAGACUUCCUUGAUGACGUCCGCCGGAUGAAUAAGCGCCAGCUGUACUACCAGGUAUUGAACUUUGGCAUGAUCGUGUCCUCGGCCUUGAUGAUAUGGAAAGGUUUAAUGGUUGUGACCGGAAGUGAGAGUCCCAUUGUUGUCGUUCUGAGUGGGAGCAUGGAGCCAGCUUUCCACCGAGGAGACCUUCUUUUCCUGACCAAUAGAGUGGAAGAUCCCAUCAGGGUUGGAGAGAUUGUGGUCUUCAGGAUAGAGGGAAGAGAAAUCCCCAUUGUGCACAGAGUUCUUAAAGUUCAUGAGAAAGAAAAUGGAGACAUUAAGUUCUUAACCAAGGGUGACAAUAAUGCAGUGGAUGACCGAGGCUUGUACAAGCAGGGACAGCAUUGGCUGGAGAAGAAGGAUGUCGUGGGCAGGGCUAGAGGGUUUGUGCCAUACAUUGGGAUUGUGACAAUUCUUAUGAAUGACUACCCAAAAUUUAAGUAUGCUGUUCUAUUCAUGUUGGGUCUCUUCGUGUUGGUCCAUCGGGAAUGAUGGCUCUCCUGUCACCACAUUUAUUGCCGGUGCUUUGCCGUUUCAUCAACAACUCCAUUAACCGCCAGUCCCACUCUGCCUGAGGAUGGGGAAGGAAUCAUUCAUCAAGCACCAUUUUCUAUCUGCUUAUCACCGGGCAGUGAUGUGUGUCAUGAAAGCCUAGCUGACAAAUGCAUUUCACACGAGAGGAUAGGACAUCUGUUACAGUAAAUAAACAAUGGAUUCUUUAAUUCUCCAUGAAUCAACUGCUUAUGUAGAUAUUGUCAAUCUUUUUUUUUUUUUGGCUUUACUGUUAUUAUAAUUUUUUUUCUUUCAUUUUUUAUAAAUGUGGAUAGGCAGCCGGGCAGUCAGGUAAUUUUUCAUGCCUUAAAAUGUGAUGUUUCUGUGUGCAAAAAAUGAACUAUUUAAGCCGUGUGCUUCUACAGAAGUCAAAGCUGUUGGAAGAAUAUUCCAGACAGCUCCUGUGUUUACAGUCUGCUGCCUAUAUCCACUUGGGAAGGAUUUGUUUUUUUGUGCUGUGAAUUGUGGUAAAUUCUCCCAUGUUCUGUGUUGCUUUGGAAACUCAAUUUUAUUAAAGGGGGUAUUUCUUUUUACACAAAAGAGAUGGCUUGUGCAAAAGCAUAUGAAAUUAAUUUAGCAGCCUUAUUGCUUUCAAAAGAACCAGAUUUUAAUGGAGUAAGACUCCUGAUCAGUCAGGUAAGAUAUUACUCCUGAACCUAGAAAAGAUCACAGUUUUGUCAUCUUAACUUAUGUAAAAAUAUAAUUUUGAUGUUUCACUUAUUCAAGAAUGGCUUUAAUAAACAUAGUUAAGAAUUCUU